AUGUCCCAACACUCGGAGUUGCAGGACUCGCCCUGCGCCUCAGCCAGUUCCGGCUCACGGCGUUUCCGACGGCGCAGUGACGGAGGCUUGCUGCAGGAUGAGCCUCACUUGGGCGAUGCCAAGGAGGAGGAAGAGCCAGCCCCAGGGGUUGUGUUGAAGCUCGCGGAGGUAAGUGGAUGUGAUUUGGAUACUUGCUGUGCUGCACUAAUGACCUGUGAGAACAACUUCCACGCUGCGCUGGCACAGUUGCGCCAGAGUCCCACAGAGGUUGGCGCCAAAGUUCGCGCCCAGAUGAGGGCGGCGCUGCAGAUGUUGGAACGCGCCCGGGAGGGGCGUUCGGUGACCCGUGGAGCGUUAGGGAGCGCCUGGGUGGUGGCGGCAGUGAUGCUCCAUGCCUUUGAAUACAUCUUGCCACGGCGAUUUCUGGAGAUCCUCUUUGCGCUGCUUGGGGUGCGAUCCGAGGGACCCUGCGGGCUCUUGGCCCUGUUGCUUCCGGUUCUCAUUGCGCUCUUGGCUGUGGUGGUUCUGCUCAGAGACUUAGACGGCUUCCUGAACUCAGACGUGUCUGACAAGUGA